AUGACCCUCACCGCGUCCUCGGUCACGAUCGAGCAAUCUUCUGCCAUUCAAGCCCUGAGUACAUCCUGCGACGAUGAGCGUACAGCGCUACUCCGACGCGGUCGGCGCCACUCCUAUGACACAAGCCGUACACGACAAUCCAGCAUAUGCAGUGCGGAUGCUGUUUUCGUGAGGGUAGACCUGUUCCUCACCGAACUUCGGAGAAGGAUGGACGGCUUGGAAAAAUACCGCCAGGACAGUGUUCUACAAUUCGACGCCUCCUUGGAGCGUGCAUACCAUGCCUUAAGGGAUGUUCGCGACUCGUGCUCCCCGUAUCAUUCCGGUGAACAUCUCUGGGGUGCUGCACGCCAACGUGCUUCUAUUCUGGUGGAAACCCUCGAAAGUCGCUAUAAUGAAGUUUUGCAGACGAGGGAGUCUCUCGAGCACAAGGCACAGGCCAGUCUACGACUUCUGGAAUCAUAUCUGUCCGAACUCGAAGCACGAGCGCACACGCGGAAGAAACAACUGAUCGACUCGGGAUGGAAGACUGUCGACAAUUCACUAGUAGCCACUCGAGAAAUCAUUGAGGAUGGUUACGACAAGGCUAUCCAAGCAAGGGACAUGCUGGCACAUUCAAUCGCACAUGCUUUGAACCGAUCGGCUGAAACGAGGCUCAUCACUUACGAUGACCUGCCGAUUCCAUGGAGGAUCAACCCCCAUAUCCUCAGGGGUUAUCGUUUCAAUAAAACUAAAGUCGAGUGCGUCACCUCGAUGUUUCGACCCUCUAACGAGACCGUCAAUAUCUGGUCACACGCAAUCGGCUUGAUCAUUGUUCUUACCAUUGCAUUUUAUUAUUAUCCUUCAUCAGCGACAUUCCCACUAUCCUCGAAAUGGGAUGUGUUGAUCGCGGCCUGCUUUUUUGCCGCCGCAUGCAAAUGUUUGAUUUGCUCAACGAUGUGGCACACGAUGAAUAGUAUCGCCGACAAAUGUCUUCUCGAGCGGUUCGCGUGCGUCGAUUAUACCGGAAUAUCCUUUCUGGUUGCUGCGAGUAUCUUAAGCACCGAGUGGACAGCGUUUUACUGUGAACCAGUUUCCCGAGCGAUUUAUAUGACCUUGACAGUUGUUCUCGGCAUUGCAGGGGUUAUUCUACCUUGGCGAGAGAGCUUCAAUCGCGCCGACAUGGCAUGGGCACGAGUGGCAUUCUAUGUCACUCUCGCCACCACUGGGUUCGCCCCAGUCAUACAGUUAAAUCUUACACGUGGCGCGGCCUGGACCUUUUAUUUUUACGCCCCAGUGACCAAGAGUGUCAUGGUAUAUUUGACCGGUGCCAUUAUAUAUGCAAGCCAGGUGCCUGAGAAAUGGUGGCCGGGUCUGUUUGACUACGCAGGUGGAAGUCACAAUAUUUGGCACCUUGCAGUCUUAGGAGGUAUCUUGUUCCACUAUACUGCGAUGAUGGAGUUUUUCCAGGGCGCUUUCCAAAGGGCUGAGAGUGGCGGUUGUUGCAUCGGUUAG